CCUUCCGCCGCCAGCCGGAAGUGACGGCAACCUGAGGUAAAGGGGCUUCCGGUGGGGCUGAGAAGUAACCGAGGUUCACCAUGGCGGCCUCAUUGGCCGGGAAGAAGAUCGUGUUUGUCACGGGAAACGCCAAGAAGCUGGAGGAGGUCAUCCAGAUUCUAGGAGACAAGUUUCCAUGUACUUUGGUGGCACAGAAAAUUGACCUGCCGGAGUACCAGGGGGAGCCUGAUGAGAUUUCUAUACAGAAGUGUCAGGAGGCAGCUCGCCAGGUACAGGGGCCUGUACUGGUAGAAGACACCUGUCUGUGUUUCAAUGCUCUUGGGGGCCUCCCUGGCCCCUACAUAAAGUGGUUUCUGGAGAAGUUAAAGCCUGAAGGUCUCCACCAGCUCCUGGCAGGGUUCGAGGACAAGUCGGCCUAUGCGCUCUGCACAUUCGCUUACAGCUCUGGGGAUGCAAGUGAACCCGUGCGGCUAUUCAGGGGCCGGACCUCGGGCCAGAUUGUGCUACCCCGAGGCUGCCGGGACUUUGGCUGGGACCCCUGCUUUCAGCCCGAUGGAUACGAGCAAACGUACGCAGAGAUGCCCAAAGCCGAGAAGAACGCCAUCUCCCAUCGCUUCCGGGCCCUGCGCGAGCUGCAGGAGUACUUCGGCGGCCUGACUUCUCUUGGGGCCAGUGACUUCUCUUGGGGCCAGUGACGAGCACGCCUGCCGGGGAUCUGGGGAGGGCUAGCCUGAACCCUCCGCCAUCAGGCAGGCGCCCCCGCCCAGUGUGUCCUCCAGGGUCACUUUCUGGGGAUGCUGAGACUUGACAGCCGCACCAGCCCAGCCUCACCGGACGAAGGAGCGGGUGGCUCUGCUUGGAGAAACUUCGGGCAAGGGACACCGCUCUCGCCCUUGGGAAUUCAGCGGUCUCUCCAAAGCCGCCAGGCCUUGGGUCGGGUGUCAGAGACUGGCCCUGACAGGAUUGAAGGCUGCGGGAAAACCCACACAAAUAGUCUUAGUGUUUUUAAAAUGUGGCAAAUAAAAAUUCUGAAAGGCACUCCAGAAUAAA